UCUUGUGUCUGCUGUUAUAUGUGAGUGUAGUGACUCUACUGCUUGGCUUCUGCAGGAUUUACGUCUGUAAAACUACUUGAGACGCUCAUGGUAGGCGUCGUAACUUUUUCUGUGCGUCAAUGAUGCACUACUCAAACUGGCUUAUAGACCUGAAGAACAGAGCAUGCCUGAGAAAUGCGUGCAAAACGAGCCAGAGCACAGACUGGAACAACAGGGGGGAUGCUGCGGAGAUGCAGAACAACAACCCGCGGCCGAGUGAAAAAACCGCCCACCUCUGGAGAAAAGGCUACAAAACAAUAAAGAAAAUUGGAGAGGGCACGUUUUCAGAGGUGCUGAAAACACAGAGCGUCAAGGAUGGCAAGUUUUACGCCUGUAAAAUAAUGAAGCAGACGAUUAACAGUCUUGAACAGGCCCACAACCUCCGGGAAGUCCAGGCAAUGAGGAGACUGAGUCCUCACGCAAACAUCAUCCAACUGCAUGAGCUGAUUUUUGACAAAGAAACAGGAACGGUGUCUUUAAUAUGUGAACUGAUGGAGAUGAACAUCUACGAGUUCAUACAAGGAAGAAAAACCCCACUGCCUGAACACACAGUCAAACUCUACAUAUACCAGCUGUGCAAGUCACUUGAGCACAUACACAG